CGAUUUGCCCACGCCAUCCCCAAACCCCAAAGCAGAACGCCUGCAGUCUCCCCCGAAGAAGAUGCCGACACGCCAGAGAAACCUCGAAAGCUGUUGGAACCGCAUUAUGAGCUGACGUUUACCUGCGUGCCCUGCGGCUCGCGGUCAACACACGCCAUUUCCAAGCAGGGAUACCACAAUGGAUCAGUACUCAUCACCUGUCCAUCCUGCCGCAAUCGCCAUGUUAUCAGCGACCAUCUCAACAUCUUCGGGGACCGCAAGAUGACGGUGGAAGAUCUCAUGAAGGAGCGGGGCCAACUCGUCAAGCGUGGCACACUGGGCGAAGAUGGCGACGUGGAGUUCUGGGAGGAUGGUACUGUGACGGAA